AAGAACGCGGUAUAACACGAGGAAAACACGUCUGCAAAGCAAAAUAGAGCUAACAUAUGUCAAGUUUAAUUUGUAAUUACUCACUAGCUAGUUUAUUUUUGUAGCUAACUGCAGAUGCUAACGUAGGAUUAUAUCGUCUUUUCACAGGAAUAUAAACGUCUGUAAGACAGUGGGCUGCGUUUGUUAUGUCAUUUCCCCCCCUUUUUUUUUUUUUACAAAGACACACAUUGGAAAUAAUUUCGUCUAGCCAUCAUUGUUGCUCUUUUAAGUCUAAGCAAGAAACAAUGUCAGUCCAGCAAAGCAUUUCUCAGCAGGGUUCUGGAUUAAAUCUGAAAAAUAUGGAGACUGUGCGGGGCCAUUGUGAACUCUUCAGAGCAGAAUGCUCUAGGCUGAUCCUAGAAACUGACAAAGCAUGUAAACGCAUGCAGAGUGAUGACACCAAGCGACUUGAUCAGCGGGUCAGAGCCAUCCAGUUUCUAAAAAAGGAGUUGGAGCUGAAACUGGAGGACAUUAUUGUGGGGAUUGAUGAUCUCAUGGUGUUGCAGAGCAGGGGGAUAAAAGCCCUGGAAGCGAGCAAAGAGCUUACGAGAGUCACUGUUCUCUGCCUGGAGGAGAGAAUGAAACGUCUACCUGCUGAGAGGCGACAUGAUGAUGUGGACCGAGAACUCAUGAAGGAGAGGGAGGUUUUUGAAGGAGUGGAGGCUAUUCUUACGCGUGUUUUAGAGCAGAUCAAUGAGCAGAUAAGAUUGAACCGGUCUGCCAAGUACCAGCUGGAGCACAAUCUGAAGGAAAAAUUUGAAGCUCAGAGCAUUGACAACUCAUGUGCCUUACUGACUGCUCAUCCCAUCAACCAGCUGGAAAGUUUCAAAAACCCUCAAACUGUGAUGAGCCUGGCAGUGACUCCAGAGCAGUGGGAGAACAUCACAGACAUCCACAUGGCCCAGGCGGAGCAGCAGAAGUCCAACUCUCUGACCUUACAUGUGCUGGUGGAGUCGCUCCUGGAGCAAACGGCCGCUGACAUGCAAAUGCAGGUCCAGGCCACGACGACAGCUUUUCAGUUUAACAUCCAGGCUCUGAGAUCAGCCAAAAGCCAGAUGGAGGAUCAACUGGCCAAGAUUCUUUCCGAGGUUGCUUGUCAGAAGAGUAUCAGAGAGGAUCUUCGAGUGGCCAUCAAUGACAGUGAACGUGGUCUGAGUUUGGCCAAUGCCCGGCUGGAUUUGCGCCGUCUGAGGCCAGGCAAAGAGCAAUGCUAUGAUCCAGCACAGGCCCAGCUUCUCGGUGAGGUCCAGCUGCUGCCUUCUAACAUCAACAAACUUCGUGAGGCAGUGGCCCGGUCAGAGGAGCAGCAGAAGUCUUUGAUCCGUUGCCAGCUAGAUCUGCAGGAAAACAUCGAGUUUAAAGCAGACUCUCUCUACAUUGAUGAGGUCAUCUGCACCGGGCACAGGAAGUCCAUUACCAUACGUAACUUUUGAGUAAAUGCAACAACAAAAUAAUAAAUACAAUGUAAUCCACUUCAAAAUCUUCAAUUUAUUUGAAUCUAUUUAUCCAUUAUGUGGACUUAACAGGGUCUCAAUUUGUAUUUUCCAGAGUUUAUCUAAGGCCAUCAGGGUAAGGACUGUAUGAUAUAAGGUUUAUUUGUGCUUUCUGACAAAUUCUCUGGUUACACUGGUCAGUGGUUACAUGAGUUAACAUUCCUGUUGUUUCAUUUACAGAUAAGUAAAAUAACAUAUUUCACUUUAUGAUUUCUACAUCAGAAAGUGCAACAAGUUACUUGUGACAAGAAGAUCACGCAUGCUUGAACCUGAAGUUGCUGGUCAACUGUCUAUCUAACUCUUUUUGUCUUGUAAUGCCAGUUUAGUGUUGUAAAUGGUUAGUUUAUGAAAAUAUAUACCUCUUUACUCAAUGCUC